CACAGAUACAUUUUUAUUGUAAAAAAUUCGGGUUAAUUCAGAUGUAUAUAUGGUCAAAAGUCAUUAAAGGGCUUCUUUCACUCUCCUCAACUUUUCUUGUCAAAGAUAACCUUUGUCAGUAACUUGGUAUGCAACCUGAUAUCAGUCUAUAACUCAAGGCAUAUACCUUAAUAUAUUAAGGUACUAAUUGGUCGUAUUCAAUACUUUAUAUGCACCAAUUUUUUUUAAUUAAAAAAGAACAACACAGAAGAACAGCAUCUGUCAAGUUCAUUGUCCUAAAUUACUUGUUUUUGCUACUUGUUUUUUUUUUUAAGGAAUAAAGCAAAAUUGAAGUCGCUACUGUAUAUUCAAAACAAUACAAAUAUAAAUAUUCUAUGCAUUUAAAAAAUUCACAAAAGUUACAUUACUCUUGGGCUUCCCUGGUGGCGCAGUGGUUGAGAGUCUGCCUGCUUACUUCAACUUGCUUUUUCCAUUCGAUAGCUAUUUGUUGUUGAUGUAUACAGAGUUUGUUCGUUCUGAAUAUUUAAAAUUUUCAUGUUUAAAAAAUACUUACUUUUAAAAUGAAAUAUUUAGAUUUGUGCGUUAGGAAAACUCAAGUUAACUGCAUUCUGAAAAAAUAAGUUCCUGAGAUUUCCUUUUAACAAUACUUUUGAAACACAGAUAACAUUACUUCCUGUCUCUCAGUUUCCUGUAUCCAUGGCAACCUCUGUUUUACACACUGAGUGUGGAGGAACCAAUGUGAAGAGUGGUGUUUCCUGAGCAAAUUGUGACUUAAAAAAAAAAAAGAGGUGGAGGGGUGGAGGUCAACAGUGCCACAAAAGAAAUGGAGUUUAGAAAUGUCGCUCUUCAGAUAUAGAAAGAAAACCUUUACUUGAAUCAGCUGAGUGUUAAUAAUAUGAAUUUCCUGUUCUUGCCAAUUUUGAUAUGAACAGAAAAACCAAGAACAGGGCUAUGUGUGGAGUACGUUUUUCUCUGCCUUGCCUACGACUGUUUCUACUUGUUACCUGUUAUCUUGUGUUAUUAUUCCAUAAAGAGAUACUUGGAUGUUCGUCUGUUUGCCAGCUCUGCACUGGGAGACAAAUUAACUGCCGUAACUUAGGCCUUUCAAGCAUUCCUAAGAAUUUUCCUGAAAGUACAGUUUUUCUAUAUCUGACUGGAAAUAAUAUAUCUCAUAUAAAUGAAAGUGAAUUAAUUGGACUUCAUUCUCUUGUAGCAUUGUAUUUAGAUAAUUCUAGCAUUGUGUAUGUGUAUCCAAAAGCUUUUGUUCAUUUGAGGCAGCUAUAUUUUCUAUAUCUGAAUAAUAAUUUUAUAAAACGCUUGGAUCCUGGAAUAUUUGAGGGACUUUCCAAUCUUCGUAAUUUAUAUUUACAGUCUAAUCAAGUAUCUUUUGUUCCAAGAGGAAUAUUUCAUGAUCUAGUUUCAGUUCAGUACUUAAAUCUACAAAGAAAUCGCCUCACUGUCCUCGGGAGUGGUACGUUUGUUGGUAUGAUUGCUCUUCGGAUACUUGAUUUAUCAAACAAUAAAAUUUUGAGGAUAUCAGACUCAGGCUUUCAACACCUUGGAAACCUGGAUUGUUUGUAUCUAGAAGGUAAUAAUUUAACAAAAGUACCAUCAAAUGCUUUUGAAGUUCUUAAGAAUCUUAAAAGACUUUCUUUGUCUCAUAACCAUAUUGAAGAAAUACAGCCCUUUGCAUUUAAAGGACUUGUCAGUUUGGAGUAUCUCCUCCUGAAAAAUUCAAGAAUUAAAAAUGUUACUAGGGAUGGGUUUAGUGGAAUUAGUAAUCUUAAACAUUUGAUCUUAAGUCAUAAUGAUUUAGAAAAUUUAAAUUCUGACACAUUUAGCUUGUUAAAGAAUUUAAUUUAUCUUAAGUUAGAUAGAAACAGAAUAAUCAGCAUUGAUAAUGAUACAUUUGAAAACAUGGGAGCAUCUUUGAAGAUUCUUAACCUGUCAUUUAAUAAUCUUACAGACUUACAUCCAAGGGUCCUUAAGCCAUUGUCUUCAUUGACUCAUCUUCAGGCAAAUUCUAAUCCUUGGGAAUGUAACUGCAAACUAUUGGGUCUUCGCGACUGGUUAGCAUCUUCAGCCAUUACUCUAAACAUCUAUUGUCAGAAUCCCCCAUCCAUGCGUGGCAGAGCAUUGCAUUAUAUUAAAUGGACUGACUUUACAAAUUGUGUUACAUCUUCAACAAAUGUAUCCAGAGCUUGGGCUAUAAAAUCUCUUCAUAUUCAUCACAAGACCACUGCAUUAAUGAUGGCCUGGCAUAAAAUAACCACAAAUGGGAAACAUUUGGAAAACACUGAGAGUGUUACUUUCUGGGAACGAAUUCGUACUUCACCUGCCAGUAGAUUUUUUCAAGAGAAUACCUUUGGUAAUCCAUUAGAGACUACUGCAGUGUUACCUGUGCAAAUACAGCUUACUUCUCCUGUUAACUUGAACUUGGAAAAAAACAGUGCUCUACCGAUUGAUGCUGCUUCGGUGUCAGGGAAAACAUCUGUAAUUUGUACACAAGAAGUUGAAAAGUUGAAUGAGGCUUUUGACAUUUUGCUAGCUUUUUUUAUUUUAGCUUGUGUUGUAAUCGUUUUUUUGAUCUACAAAGUUGUUCAGUUUAAACAAAAACUAAAGGCACCAGAAAACUCAGGGGAAAAUAGACUUGAAUACUACAGCUUUUAUCAGUCAGCAAGGUAUAAUGUAACAGCUUCAAUCUGUAACACUUCCCCAAAUUCUCUAGAAUGCCCUGGUUUGGAGCAGAUUCGACUUCAUAAACAAAUUGUUCCUGAAAGUGAGGCACAGGUCAUUCUCUUUGAACAUUCUGCGUUAUAAUUCAACUGAAUAUUGACUAUAAGAAAACCUCAGUGUCAUGGACAUGAAUAAAACUGAAGCAUCCUUAUAGAAUUAUAGACUUUAUUUGGAUAUAUAAUGAAUUAUAUGAGCUUAGCAUUAAUAAAUAUGUUUUUAAUAAUUUGU